GAUCGUUCUGAAGCCAGGCGGCUGCACGAAUCGUCCGGACUGGUCUUUUUUGAAGUGUAUCUGGACACACCAUUGGAGGUGUGCGAGGGACGAGACACCAAAGGGCUGUACAAAAAGGCGAGGAUCGGCGAAUUAAUGGGCUUCACUGGAGUGGACUCACCCUACGAAGUGCCGGAGAAGCCAGAUCUAGUGCUGAGCACUCAUUUGCUGGAAGUAGAAGAGUGCGUAGAAAGACUGAUUGACAUGCUGGCUAAG